GUUUUCUACCAUCCACACACCGGUCCAGACCAGUCUUCCGACACGACAUCCGAACUUACAUUUAACGCAGAAAUGUUCUCCUGCAGAGCGGCCUGGCAAAGGUGGGCACCUUUGGCAAGGAGAGCAACCUUGAAGUUGCCACGGGAAGGGUGAUAUGGCUCAGGAGGUAGAGUGGUUGUUUCCCAACACGACGGGUGCCGGUUUGAUCCUCGAUCCCGCUGUUUGCAGCGGAGGCAGAUGUCGUCUGUGCCCGGAGGCUCUGGAGAAAACAUACUUUACGCUGUACUGUGUGGCGGGGCCUUUGUUGGUGCUGUGUCAUAUGCAUUCAACACGGUGUCCACUGACAACGCCAGGUACAAUGAUCGCUUUGCGGAAAUCGGUGUCAGACACAAGAAAGAAUGGGUGCCCAAACCAUGGCCUCCGAAGAGCAAGGAUGAUGACGAUGGGGGAGAAGGGGAAGCAGCUGAAGAUGCCAGUACAGAAGAGGUGGGCGAUGCGGCUGCUGAGUUAGAGGCUGUCGUCGAAGCAGCGGCAGAAGUUGUUUCGGAGGGUGCCGAGGUAGUUGCUGAGGUGGCGGAGGAAGUUGCAGAGGUGGCCCAAGAAGUGCAGUCAGUUGCUGAUGAAGUGGCCCAAGUAGCAGAAGAUUGCGAGGAGACUGCCCAUGCCCUCGCCAAACAAGUUGCUGCCGAGGAGCCUGAAAGCAAUGUGCUGCUGACGCUUUCCCCUACACCGGAGAUAACUGAAGUAAUGGAGGAAGUGGUCUGUGUUGAUGAGGCAGCAUCCGAGAAUAUACCACCUGAAGAAAACGGAUCUGUUGAGGUAAAUACACCUGCAAUCCUUGAGGACGACGAGGUCACGGCGUCACAAAAGGCUGCACUGACAGCUGAAGAUGCCUCAAAACCAGUUGAAUCUGUACAAGUGCUGGAGGAGCUCCCAACACAAUUAAAGCCUGAACCAGUGGUUAAGGAAGUGCUCAUACCUGUGGAGAUUGCAGUAGUGGUUGAGGAGUCCCCAAUACCUUUGGAGGAUGCACCUGCAGUUGAGGAACACUCUACAGAAGUGGAGGCUACGCCGGCAGAAGAGGUUUCACCGGUGGUUCAGGAAGUGCUUGCACAUGUUGAGGUUGAGGAUGCCCUGGCUUUUGAAGAGGCUGCAACAGUGGUUGAGGAGGCCCCAAUACCUUUGGAGGCUGCACCAGCAGUUGAGGAACAAGCUACACUAGCGGAGGCUGCGCCUGCAGAAGAGGCUGCACUAGUGGUUCAUGAGGCUGCACCGGCAGUUGAGGAACAAGGUACACGAGCGGAGGCUGCGCCUGCAGAAGAGGCUGCACCAGUAGUUGAGGAGGCCCCAAUACCUUUGGAGGCUGCACCUGCAGUUGAGGAACAAGCUACACUAGCGGAGGCUGCGCCUGCAGAAGAGGCUGCACCAGUAGUUGAGGAGGCCCCAAUACCUUUGGCGGCUGCACCUGCAGUUGAGGAACAAGCUACACUAGCGGAGGCUGCGCCUGGAGAAGAGGCUGCACCAGUAGUUGAUGAAGCCCCAACACCUUUGGAGGCUGCACCUGCAGUUGAGGAAACCCCUACACUAGUGGAGGCUGCACCUGCAGAAGAGGUUGCACAUGUCGAGGCUGAGGAUGCCUCCGCAUUUGAAGACGCUGCAUCAGUGGUUGAAGAGGCCCUAAUACCAGUGGUGAUGUCCCAAGCUGUUGAAGAUGAUCUUACACUGAUCAAUGUUCCACCUGUAAAUGAGGUGGCCCAGGCACCAAUUAUGGCUGCACCAGUGGUUGAGAAGGUCCCAACAAUCGUAGAGGCAGAAUCAUCGGUGGAAAAACCUUUAAUUGGGGAAGCUCCCGCACCAAUUGUGGCCCCUUUGACUGUGGAGGCAGUACCAGCGAUUGAAGAACCUUUAGCACCUGAGGCCCUGACACCAGUAGAGGUUGCAUCAGUGGUUGAGGACACCACAUCACCAAUACAGGCUGAACCAGCAAUUGAGGGUGUUCCUCCAGCAGAGGAAUCAAAGGUCGACUUACCUAACCUGAUAGCAGAAGAAGCAUUGCCAGCUCCAGGGGAGACCGGAGAAGAACAUCCCAAGCGGGAAUACAUUGUUGUCGUUCUAGAAGGAACACCUAAGCCAGACAAAUCACCUAAGGUGCUCGGAGUGGCACCAAUGACCGGAAGAAUUAUUGCAGCUCCAGAAGAUGAGGAUAAGCGGCGUCUCCAUAGGAUGCAAAUGCAAUAGUUCAAAGUAAACAGUUCCUGGAUGACAAUUUCCUGCGAAAUAGAAGAGGGAUGUGCCUUUUUCAACUCUUUCCCCCCCCAUUUUAUGCACAAAUGGGAUGUAAAAAGGGUGUAUUUCCAAUGUGAAGAGUACAUGCAAUAGUCCUUAUUACCUGAAUGUGACACUCCAAGUCGAGUCAGUGCUUAAAGGGAACGCUUUAUUCAAGGUUUACUGUGCACCAUUCUGAGUCAUUCACCUGGCUGUUACAAGCUUUGCUAACUCCUGACACUCCUGUUAUAUGUUCAUCCUUGGUUCCUUGUGAUGUGAAUGUACAGUGUUCUCCACCCUCCGCACAAAGCAUUCCAAUCUCAAAACUAGUUUACUUUGCUUUUGUGGUUUGAAAUUGAGCAGUUGCUGUAACUUUUUCGAAUGAAAGCGGGGUGGAAGGAGCUCAACAGCAAAAAAAAAAAAAAAAAAAAAAAAAUCACCUACCUCAAAUGUUCCCUGUGUUUUCAUCCUUUAGACCACACAGACCUCAUUUAUUCGCAUUUGAAAGCAACAAAACACUAAGCUACAGUGAUGUGGUCAGGAGGGGCUGGUGAGGCUCUGCCUCAUGAUGAAAAGUUAAAAAAACAAAAAAUAACAUGACAUAUUUGUCCAUUGAGCAAUCGUUUUUGACAUUUUCUCAAGUAAAAUUUGCUGAAUUUGCACAUUCCCUCAUCAAAUACAGGGAAGAAACCUAAGAUGAGGCUUCCGCCAGCGUCUCUUCUCUGCUUAGUGUUGUCUAAGUGCACCGACUUGGAUCAUGGCGCCUGCCAGUUUGUUUGUCAGCAUGUUGGCUUCAUAUAAUGCAGCAGGAGCAUUUAUUAUACACCAUAACUUUCUAUACAUCAUUACAUCUCGUGUAAUGUCUUUCAUGUAAGUCUGAUGUCAUUAUUCUUACUAAUCUCACAAUAAAAUACAUAGAAAUGUCACACACUUGCAGUACUCUCCUCAUCCCGAGGCAGUAGGGGCGUUAGCUGGAAGGUGCUUGUCACUGCCGUCCUUCCCAUAGAGAGGAAAAUCCAGCUGUUUAACAGCAAAUGCUUUAAAUAUAUUUUUAUGCACUGCUGAAUGAAUGAAUGAAUGAUUUGGACUGCCAAGAUGGAGCGUUAUACAUCUAAAACCACCAGAAAGGAUAGGGUGCAUGUACUUUAUAUUCAGGAGGUAAGACCACAAAUGUUUUUCAGUUAAUAAAAAUACAGAAAUACAUGGGACUAGGAAGUAUUUGGGGAAAAAAAACCCCCAAAAUGAAUUAUUGGUUUUCUUGUUAUCCUUUUAACGAGCAACCUGUAUUAACAUUUUUUUAAAAAUCUCCAAAGAAGUCAGCACCUCACCAGCCAUGAUCCUCACCGCACGUCACCGUAAGCUGUGCUCAUCUUUAUUUGUCACAUGAUGAUGGCGGCAUUUUAUAUUGUAUGACAAUCACACAUGGGGAAGUCUCUUCCUCACUUCCUGCAGCAACACUUUUUAACAUUGAAAAAUGGAAUGCAAGCCGUCUGUUUUCCAUCUCCUUUCCUAUAUUCAGUAUUGGGUUACAUUACUUUUUGUAGACAUUCUGUUAGAAAUCUUCAUUGUCUGAACUGACGUGCUUUUUUGCAUGUUUUCCAUCUCAACAAUUCAAAUAAAAAACUUUGACCUUCCUGUCCGCUUCGCUUUCUUAGCAGAAGGUAUUGAUCGAUAAGGGGCGCUGAUUAAUACUCGCCAUCAGUGACUGCGGUGCUGUGGGAGCGUCAAAAAACAUCCUGCUGGUGUAAAACAUGUUGAUGUAUGAUUGCAAGACGUGCAGAUUAAAAUGUGCUCACGUGACAGGAAACGUGAAUGGAAACAAUCUUGAAUGAGAAGUCCCAGCUGUGUUAACGCAGUAUACUGUACUGUAUGUCUCACGUGUCCAUAUUUUGCAUCUGAUGCCACCUUUUACUUGUUUUACGUGUAUUAUGUCCCUGCUGCUAUAGGCAGCUGACAGUAAGACACAGCAUGUCUUCUUUUCUUGUCACAGAAUAAAGACGGGUUGAAAACAUGCUUUGGACUUUUUAAAAAUAUAUAAUACCUAAACAAAGAUGCUGAGAUUGAUCUAUAUGUUUCUCGUACUGAUUAUGAUCAAGACAAAUGAAAUUAUAACUCUGCUGUAUGGUUCUGUUGCACAACACGCAUUGAACCAGAAAUAGUACUUGUAGGGUUGGGCGAUACUGCAAAUUUUGGUAUUGAUCUGUAUCAAGCAAAUACAGGUCCAGUAUUACCAAUACCAAUGUAGUUGACUUAAAUAGUUCGAGAUCAUUAUGGUUUUCAUUGCAAUUUUAUUGAUCAUGGUUCUAAUCAGAAUUAGAAAAUAUUUUAACGGGCCUGCCUGUUCCUUACUUCUGGCCCGGAGUUGUGUCCUUGCAGGUUGCUAGCAUGCCAUAGGCACCAUAUGGCCUGAACCGUGGGUUCCUAAUCAACUGGCCUGUUUUCAACUUUCCUCGCCAAUGACAUUGCCAUGGUUACACAGAAUGUUACAUAAUAUAAAUGUACACAUUAGCGAUGAUCAAGACCAGUGAUAUAACGUGUGGGGGUUGCAUGGUUUGUCCCGCUUUAGUUGCCGGAGAAUAAGAUAUAAGUAGAAAUAAUAAGUAUGAGUGUGAUUGCAGGCUCUUAAUAAAACAUGAGACAAAGAUUCUAGACCAGGGGUCUCCAAUCCGCGGCUUCUGUUUGAUCCAUCUGCUGUGGCGUCAGACGGUUUAUGCUUCUGUGUAGUCACGACCGACACUCUCCCUUCUGACG